AUGGACGUCUUCUCCUCUACCCGCCACCCAACCCCCGACAUCAUCCCCUCACCCUACAAGCCCACCUACCUAACUUGGACCAUCUUGACCAUCAUCGUCGUCGCAUUGACGACCCGACUACUCACCUCUGCCAAGACAUCCGCCACAACUCACACAAAGAAUGGCCACCCCGUCGAAACCAUCCCGCGCAUCCCCUACUACCUCCCCUACCUUAGCCACCUCCCCUCCAUGGCAUGGGACUCAACUUUCACCCGCCGGCUCCGCGACCAACACCAGGACGGUGCCUUCGCUCUCGACCUCCUCGGGAUGAAGCACAACAUCAUUUUCUCGCCUUCUCUAAUCACCGCUUUGCUGAAUCAGCCACCUGAGCAUGUCUCUGCUCAACCAGUACGGACGAAACUCCUCACCAACGUCUUCGGCAUGCCAUCCUCGAGCUAUGAGCGGAAAGUCUGGGAAGCGGCUAUGCCCGACCUCCAAGCCUGUGACCGGGAUCUUGACCAGGAGCCCACGCUUGGAGAGACGGUCGAUCGGACGAUCCGUAACCUGAAGAGCAGCAUCAGUAGUCUCGUCUCCGGAGCCGAAAGCCUCGUCGACCAGUCCACCUGGGAGCGGAAUGCCGGCGUGGAGAUGAAGCGAGAUGCACUCGGCGAAGAAGUUGUUGAGACGACUUUGCGACCACUGAUCCGGGACUUCGUGGCGCGGAUCACGACUACCACGCUCAUGGGCGAGACGUUUGUGGAGAAGUUCGAGGCGUUGUGGGAGGACUUUUGGACGGUUGACCGCAGCUACUGGCUGCUGGCAUUGGGUUGGCCGCGGUGGGUGCCCCUGCCCGGACUUACGAGAGCGCACAUUGCGCGGAAAAGAGUCCUCGAGAUGCUGGAAGCGUUUCACGAGGCUAUGGAGAAGCAGGCAAAGGGGGAGGAUGCAGGAGCGGAGUGGCUGGAGUUGGAAGAUGUGAGCACGCUGCUCAAAGAGCGGACCAACGUCUACCGAAAGCACGGGCUGAGCAUGAGAGCGAGAGCAGCGUUGGACUUGAGCUUGGUCUGGGCGGCGAAUACUAAUGCUAAUGCACUAGUCUUCUCGAUGCUUCACCACAUCUAUGCUAGCCCCGAAGUACUGUCUCGCAUCCGCCAGGAGAUUGCUCCAUUCGCCCAAGUCGUCCAACCAAAGCAAGAGUUCCCAAUCCCGGAGCCAUCUCGAUUAGAGUCGGUCGAUGCUGGAGGACUGUGUGAAGGCUGCCCGCUGCUCAAAAGCUGCUAUACCGAGUCUUUGCGGCUGGACACAGCGCCGUGGUCCACGCGAUUCGUGGAACAGGAUUGCGUUCUGCAGUCAAAGGAAGGUCAAACCUGUUGGCUGUUGCGGAAAGGCGAGUAUGUCCAUGCAGCGCACGACCUGCACGGCAUCGAUUCGGAAUAUUUCCACGAUCCUCUUGUCUGGAAGGCGGAUAGACAUAUUCGGCCAGACGGUGAUGAGAAAAGGGCAGCUGUCGAUUUGGGGCCAAUCCCAUCGUUUCGAAGCGGUGAAUUGGUGUCUCCCGGCAGGGAUCUCGUUGUCAAAGAGGUCAUGUGCUUCGUCGCCGCAAUCAUCGCACUGUGGGAUAUCGAGCCCGCAAAUGGCGGUAAAUGGAGAAUGCCACAGCCUCGCACGGCUGCAGGAGUGUACGGGACCAGCAAUAGCACACGAGUCUGGGUGAAGCGGCGUCAACUGCCACAGUCGAAUUGA